CCCAGGUCCGCCAUGUUGGACAAGUUGUUUUCAUAUGGAAUCAAAUAUAUUUGUAUGUGUUGAAUAUAACUUCAUUCUCCAAUCAAUGCAUUCAUACCAUCAUGUAUAUCCUAGACGCAUGUUUAGAAUCAUGGCAUACGUUGCAUACCACGACAAGGGGGGUCAGGCCCAGUGCGCCUCUUCCGCGGGCCCAUCGAAAUCUCCUUUCAGAAAGGAGAUGAUUCAGGCUCCCGAACACGGACAAGCUGGCCCGCAUGGGGAGCAAGAGCCCGUGAGCGUGCAUACCGAGGCGUCCAGCUUCACCCCGCAGCAGGAGGUCCCGGAGCCGCAGGGUCCGCAACCAAAUGUUGUACCUCAGGCUAUCCCUUUCCUACAGCCGCAGCUGGCGGCCAUUAUGCUAAAGUUCCUCCAGCAGAUGGCUGGGGCGUACGUACCUCCGCCGCCUCCGCUGGUUGUGGUUACUAUCGAGAAGUUGAAGAAGAACGGGGCCGAGGAGUUCCGUGGCGACCAGAUCGCCGAUCCCAUGGUUGGUAAGCGCUGGCUCGAGCGCACAGGUCGAGUUCUCAGAACCCUACGGGUUCCAAGGGAGCACAGAGGCAAUUUAGCCAUCGCCUUACUUUAGGAUGCCGCCUACGACUGGUGGAAGCGCGCGGGAGCGAACGUUCAGGAGCCGGUGCCGUGGGCAACCUUCGAUGAGCUCUUCCGAACUCCUUCGGUUAUACCCAACAAAAAGGACAUCGAAACAGAUGGGUAUGUUGGUGCUAUGUAUAUGCUGAUCAAGUGACCUCCGUGCCAAAGGUUUUGAGUGAUCACACAAUUGGGAUAUGCUUUACGGUAAGGUAGUGAUCCCACCUAGGUGUGCUAAGUUGAGCAGAACUUGAUUUCAGAUCUGAUUGAACGGGCCAGAGCAAUUCAUCACGGAGUUGUUAUGAACGAACCCAGUGAAACAUAACUGAGAAGUGAGCAAAACCAGAACAGAAUGAACAAAAAUGUUUAGAGGAGGAAAUUGUGGCCGUUUAAGGUGCUAUGAGCUGAGAACCAGGUGCACACCCUUUACAAAAUGGUCAUCAAGUUCCCCUGCAGACAAAGCUCCACUUUUUAGGUGCAAAUGCUUACACAGAUUCUAACACCGAAGUUAUGAUCCUGCUUGAGAACAUUGUUUCAAUCCUAAGGGCAUUAGGAUAAUCAGGUCACAAUUUUGUUACUGACUUGGUGCGAAGUUGCUACUCUCUGGCGAGUAAGUUUAGAGGUGG